UUCCGGCUGGUACUGUAGUUGUUUCUAGGAUCUUCGGGCGGGUCUGUGGAGGCUUUCCUAGGCGGAGGAGUCGAAGCGAGUCUGUGGCUCUGACAGAAAGACUAACCGAGGGACUGUCGUGCUGACGGACGCCAGGUCGGCGCCGCUGCUAAGAGCUGGGGAGCGUUUUUUCCUAGAGACCUGAAAAAUGUCUGGAUUUCUGGAAGGCCUUCGAUGCUCAGAAUGCAUUGAUUGGGGAGAAAAGCGUAAUACUAUUGCAUCUAUUGUAGCUGGAUUCCUGUUUUUUACAGGUUGGUGGAUCAUCAUAGAUGCAGCCGUUAUUUAUCCCUCUAUGGAAGACUUCAACCAUUCCUACCAUGCCUGUGGAGUAAUAGCAACUCUUGCCUUCCUCAUGAUUAAUGCAGUGUCCAACGGCCAAGUCCAUGGAGAUAGUUAUAGUGAAGGGUGCUUGGGUCAAACAGGUGCUCGAAUUUGGCUCUUGAUUGGAUUUAUGUUGGCCUUUGGAUCUCUGAUUGCAUCUUUGUGGAUUCUCUUUGGAGGCUAUGUCGUUAAAGAAAAACCAAUAGUGUACCCUGGAAUUGCUGUUUUUUUCCAGAAUGCAUUUAUCUUUUUUGGAGGCCUGGUCUUUAAGUUUGGCCGCACUGAAGACUUAUGGCAAUGAAGAGGCCCGAUUUCCUUCAGAAGCCCUGCUUGGCUCUUGUGUUGUGUUUUGUUUUUAUAGCUCACUCCCAGUCUUUUGUAAUACCAUUUUAUAAACUUUGCUGAAUAUCUUCGGGUGAAAAGUGAAAACUCUUUCAGUUACAAGAAACUCAGAAAGUUAUAGAACACUCUAAAAUCAUGAACUUAUGGGGGGGGGGAGUGUUUUAUAUUAUUCUGUCAAGUAAGUACUUGAUUCAUUUAUGAAGUGUUAAUGGAAAAUAUUUCACCAAAGUGACUUUGGUCAAGCUGUCACGAUAUAAAAGUAAAUGAAAGAACAAUCUAGGGAAAUAAUCACGAGUGCAUAUGUAUUUGGCAUCAUGUCUAAGGUCCAAAAUUGCAAUUAAAAGUGCUUUAAAAGAUUUAA